AUCGUAUGUUUUUUUUUUUUAAUUUUAAUUUUUUUUUGAUAACCAAGAGGUUCACCUGUGCCUUCGGCCCAACCUACAUCCCCUCAGGCCCGGGAGCAGUGACAGGGACCCAGAGAGCAACACCCUCCCAACCGAGAAAACACUCCCUCCCUCCCCAGCAGCUGGAUUCGAACUGGUGACCGGGGCCCCAAGAGCAACACCCUUUCAACCACUCGCCCACUACUUACUGGGUUUUAAUUUUAAUUUGUUAUAAUAAAUGAAUGAUUUGAAAUAUAAAUGGUUGGAAAUCGCACACACAUGUGAGAUGAAAUGUGUAGUAUUCCGUGAAAGAAAAGAAGAAGAAGAAGUGCGAUGUCGUGAUCAUUUUUUUUUUUUUUUUUUGCAGAGGAGCGCUUCCAUAACAAUUACGUAUUAAUAAAUCUUAUCCUGUAGAUUUAAAUAAAAGCCUUUUUUUAAUUAUUAUUAGAUGGUGCAUGUGGGGUAAGACUAGAUCUAGAAACAUUAUUUACUUUUAAAAAAAAACGAGAUAUCUUUUUUUUUUUCCAAAUUCGAAAUAUUGGAUUUAGGGGAGUGUGGGGUCACAUUCCAAACAGCGAAUCUUCGGGGUUGGGUUGGGUCGGAUUUUCACUUGUUUAUGUUAAUUAAUCACACGAUUACCUUGAUUUCUAACUAAAUUAACGUUAUGAUAUUGAAGGCCCGAAAUACCCAUCAUGCCCUUACAGGAUUAGCAUCAUCCCCAGGGUCGCCACGUCGGCAUGACUCGUUCUCCCUCACUACGCCGUCGUUUCACAAACCCCCCGAGGAGGAGGAGGGAGAGGAGGACGACGACGACGACGUUGAAGAGAUAAAAACCUAAAGGACGACCUCUUCUCCAUUCCUCUGAAUUUCGGUUUCUUCUCUUCAGUCCAUGGGAUCCCCGAUUCCAUACCAAAUCUUCUUAUAACCCAAUCAGACCCCCACGUUCAAAUACAAGAGAUCAUCAUCCAUCACGCGCUUUUCCUCCUCCUCUUCCUCUUCUCUCUUCUCCCUCCUCAAUGGUGAUGGAGAACAAUGAAAGCUGCGGCAGCCGAGUUUCAAGCGACGCCACGCCCACUUCUCAGUCCGCGUUGGACCGUCGCCAGCGGCUCAAGGUCGACGUUUACAAUGAGGUUCUCCGUCGUCUCCGGGAUUCUCACACUGAGGAAGCUGAUCGGCCUGGGUUUGAAGACGAGCUCUGGGCGCAUUUUAAUCGCCUCCCCACUCGGUAUGCUUUGGAUGUGAAUGUAGAGAGGGCAGAAGAUGUGCUGAUGCACAAGAGAUUGUUACAUUUGGCUCAUGAUCCUGCAAAUAGGCCCGCCAUCGAAGUUCGUCUCGUUCAGGUUCAACCAUCUGGGAUCUCAGCUGACUCUGCUCCCUCAGACUCACUUGGUAACGAAGGUGAUCAAAGUUCUCCUAGACUCUCUGUCCGAAAAAGUAUUCAUCCACCACCUGCAUUUGGUUCAUCUCCUAAUCUUGAAGCCCUUGUACUUGCAACAAGUAGAUCUGAAGAUGAUGAGGGUGAAAACUCUGUGCAUGCCAAUUCACUGUAUUCACGGCCCUUGCAUGAGAUUACUUUUUCCACGGAAGACAAACCCAAACUUCUCUGUCAGUUGACUGCCUUGCUUGCUGAGCUUGGGCUGAACAUUCAAGAAGCACAUGCUUUUUCUACAACCGAUGGCUUCUCGCUUGAUGUCUUUGUUGUUGAUGGUUGGCCAUAUGAGGAAAUAGACAGAUUGAGAAUAGCUUUGGAGAAAGAAGCGGCAAAGAUCGAGUUGCAGAAUCAAAUAUGGCCAACGCAGCAAUCACCUUCUCCUAACAUGGAAAAAGAUCAAACAGAUGCCAAAAAGGGCAACGAUCAUGUUGCAAUACCCAAUGAUGGAACUGAUGUUUGGGAAAUCAACCUGAAACACUUAAAGUUUGAGAACAAAAUUGCAUCUGGUUCAUACGGAGAUCUGUACAAAGGAACAUAUUGUAGUCAGGAAGUUGCCAUCAAAGUCCUCAAGCCCGAGCGUCUAGAUUCUGAGUUAGAGAAAGAGUUUGCCCAGGAAGUCUUCAUUAUGAGGAAAGUCCGACACAAGAAUGUUGUACAGUUCAUUGGAGCAUGCACCAAGCCUCCACAUUUGUGUAUUGUUACAGAAUUCAUGCCUGGUGGAAGUGUAUACGACUAUCUACAUAAACAAAAAGGCAUCUUUAAACUUCCAGCUUUGCUUAAAGUAGCAAUUGAUGUCUCCAAAGGAAUGAAUUACCUGCACCAGAAUAACAUAAUUCACAGAGAUUUGAAGGCUGCCAAUCUUCUAAUGGAUGAAAACGAGAUGGUCAAGGUUGCGGACUUUGGGGUGGCCAGAGUGAAAGCUCAAACUGGCGUUAUGACUGCUGAAACUGGAACGUAUCGGUGGAUGGCUCCAGAGGUUAUAGAGCACAAGCCGUAUGAUCACAAGGCCGAUGUCUUCAGCUUUGGUAUUGUGAUAUGGGAGUUGUUGACCAGCAAGCUUCCAUACGAAUACUUGACGCCAUUGCAGGCAGCUGUAGGAGUUGUCCAAAAGGGGUUAAGGCCAACAAUACCGAAGAACACGCAUCCGAAAAUAGGGGAGUUACUAGAGAGAUGCUGGCAACAGGAUCCGGAACUGAGACCGGACUUCUCGGAGAUACUAGGAAUUCUGCAGCACAUUGCCAAGGAGGUGGGGGAAGAGAACGAGGAGAAGAGGAGGUCGACGGGAGGUAUCUUCUCGGCCCUGAGGAGAAGCAGCCACCACUGAAACAACAAUCCCUUUUCACUUUGGUGUGGGACUGUGACUGACUCUCUAUUGUUUAUUUAUAUUUUUGGUGAGAGCUACACUCUCGUGAUUCUUCUUGUUUCAUGUCUUUUAUAAAAUUGGUUUAUUUGGUCCAUUGUAAGUUGUAACACAACAUCUAUUGCUGUAUUAAUUCAAGGCAUGUGGUGAAGGUG